CGAUUUGUACUACAAAGAAUAAACGUUCACUACAAAGCUUCUCGUCAUCAUCAUCAUUGACCGUUCUGUUUAACUCGCUCCUCUUGUUUUCUCUCAACUCACCGAGUCACCAACCCACCAGAAAUUAAAAAUGAUGCACAUGACAUUUUACUGGAGCAAAGAAGUAACAAUUCUCAUCGAUUCAUGGCGAACAAAAACAUGGCUAAGUUACAGUUUAACCCUUCUCGCCUGUGUAUUUGUUCCAAUUUUGUACCAGAUCUUAGAGAACUGCCGAGUCCAACUCAGAGUCUCGGCGGCGAAAGGUGGAUCGCCGGGCGGGUUGCAGGAGCCUAUGAUCGGGUCUAAGAUUAGCGGCGGCGGAGGGAAAUGGUCGGCGGCGCGUGUAGGUGGGGCGUUGCUUUUUGGGGUGAAUUCGGCGAUUGGGUAUUUGUUGAUGCUUGCUGUGAUGUCGUUUAAUGGAGGAGUAUUUUUGGCAAUUGUGAUUGGGUUGGGUAUUGGGUAUUUGAUUUUUAGAAGUGAUGAUGAGAAUUUGAUGAGUAUUAUGGAUAAUCCAUGUGCUUGUGCUUGAAAAAAAAAAACAGAAUUGAAUUAGGUUUGAUUUUGUUUUUGUAUGUAUUGUAUUGUAUAAUUUGUAUUGGCAUGUUUUUAAGACUUUUUUCUUAUUGAUAUGCUAAUUUAUUUGAAGAUA